AUGGUUUCACCAAGAGGGGAAGUAACUCCAUUCGCAUCACUUUUCCCUGUGGACGAGGCUCAUAAAGCAGUGAAGCGAGUUGAGGAAAAAAUUGCAGAGAAGCAGAAGGAGAUGGACCAUCUCAAAGAGUUCAUCGCUGAUAAUAACAGCAUUAUAAACCUCGUCUCUAAACUACCCGAGGAGCUUCACCAUGACAUCAUGGUUCCUUUCGGAAAGGCAGCAUUUUUUCCUGGCCGGUUGAUACACACCAAUGAGUUUGUGGUUCUUCUCGGAGAAGGAUACUAUGCCGAAAGAACAUCGAAGCAAACUGCUGACAUUUUGAAAAGGAGAGGGAAGGCUUUGGAUUCUCAAGUUGAAUCUCUUAAGGCCAACAUUAAGGAUCUUAAAGCUGAGGCUUCCUUUUUUGAUACUACGGCUUCAGAAGCAGCUGAGGGUCUUGUGGAGAUAAGGGAAGAUUAUGUGGAUGAAGAUCUCGGUGAAGAACAUUUUGAAUCAGCUUUCCAAGGUAAAGGAGAGAGUCCUGGGUUGAAUGAGAAGAAACAUAUGGUUGAAGAAGAUGAUGAAUAUACUCGUUUGAUGGCGAGGUUGGACGAGCUUGAGAGAGAAGAACUUGCAGCUGAAAAUGAUGACGAGAGUAUUGAAGAUGAUCCGGUGGCUAAUGGUGCCCUUGAGGAUGGGAAUGAACAAAAAGAACAAAGUAACACUAUAGAAAGUGAUACUGUGAACUCUGAGCACUUUCAAAAUGCAAUAUCUGGCGAUCUGCUGCUAUAUCAGACUCACUCAAUGCAAAGGAAACCACAAGAGCAGGAGAAAAUUGAGGAUGUCACAGCUGAAGCUUUAUGCAAUAAGUAUCAGAGCGACUUGAGUUUAAAGGACGAGCAAAAUCGUACUGGAUCAACAAUUCAGCCGCUUCCCAAAGCUGAAAACUUGAGUAGCAAAAGUUCAACUCACGAGACAAAGAGGCACUUACACAAUGAGAAGGCUUCAGUACUUCCCGAAGGGAAAAUAGAAGCAAUGUCCUCAGCUACACAGCCGGUACAUAUGCAGUCUGCAAGACCACCUUCUAAUAGCUCCAAGACCGAGGCCUCACAAUCUGGUUUUGACAGCUCCAAGGCUUUUACCGGCUCUAUCGUGGAACGUUCAACUGAUGUACUCACCGCUAAGUCUGCAACUCUGCCGCCUUCUGAUUCUCAAUCCAAGCCUUCAAGACCAGUUUCCAGAUUCAAGAUGCAGAGAAGAUAG